AUCUCUCACGUCCUUAGGGCUUUAGCAGCCGCAGCUCCUCCAGAGAGAAAACUCAGAAACCCUAGAGAGACAGGUGAGCAGCUCAAAAUGCCGGCUGGACAUGGUCUCCGAUCGCGAACCAGGGACUCGUUCUCUAGGGCCUUCAGGAAGAAGGGUUACAUCCCUCUCUCCACUUACCUCAAGACCUACCGCAUCGGCGACUUCGUCGACGUUAAGGUCAAUGGUGCCAUCCACAAGGGUAUGCCCCACAAGUUCUACCAUGGCCGUACCGGGCGUGUCUGGAACGUCACCAAGAGAGCCAUCGGUGUUGAGAUCAACAAGCAGGUGGGAAACAGGAUUAUCAGGAAGAGGAUCCAUGUGCGUGUGGAGCAUGUGCAGCCAUCAAGGUGCACUGAGGAGUUCCGUUUGAGGAAGGUCAAGAACGACCAGCUGAAGGCAGAGGCCAAGGCUAAGGGUGUAGUCAUCAGCACCAAGAGACAGCCCAAGGGUCCCAAGCCCGGUUUCAUGGUUGAAGGUGCAGUUAUGGAAACUGUUACUCCCAUUCCAUAUGAUGUUGUCAAUGAUCUUAAGGGAGGGUAUUAGGUCUUGGCUUUGUUUACCAUCCGGACUAUUUGGAUGCCUCUUUAGUUUGUCCGCUUAUAAAUUUUUGAGAUAUUUUUAUUUUCUGCAGAAGAAUUGCUCUAGCUGAAUUAAUGUGUUUUGCUACAUGUGAUGUUUUGAAGUACAAUUAUGUUCGAAUC